AUGAGCGACACGAAUCCAAAGCCAGCCUUGGAUCGGCUGAUCGAAGUCUUUGAUGACCCACUAGAAACUAUUCUUCCACUCAUACACGACAGCAAGGACAAAAAGGUUGACCGUGCGGACCUAGUCAACAUCAUCAAGGAGUUGUUUCAGAGCACUGAAAAACUUGCCAAGCAAUACCAGGAGAUUUCAAAGAAGAAUGAAGAAGAUGCACCAACUGGUCUUUCGGGUCUUUCUGAGGUUAUUGGGGAUGAGAGUAUUGACGCUGAGACUUUGUGGGGGCAGGUAGAAUUACAAAACAAAGCCGUGAACAAGCUCGUGAAGAAAUCGAAGAAGAAGUUGGAGAAGGCGCCCGAAAAAGUCUGUAUAUUGGACAUGAAGCAAAUCCUCAGCGAGAGUGAAGAUGACGAGAGCCUUGGAUCACAGGAUGAAAAUAGCCAGAAAAGUGACGACGAAGAAGGUAAUGACGACGAAGAAGGCAAUGACGACGAAGAAGGCAGUGUCGACUCUGAGACCAGACGGAUCCGAGAAAGAAUGGAUCGUGCUAUGGAUGAGAUGGAUGAGAUGGACGAUGACGAAGGCAAAGCUGAAGGAUUCAAGGGCGAUGAGGACAGUGAUAACGAUAUGGAUGAGAGAAAAAAGAAAAAGAAGGUAUCAGAAGAAGAUGAAGAAUCUCUCGUAGACCCUGUUGCCGACCAAAUGAAGGAUGGUUUCUUCGAUUUGAAUGAAAUGGAAGACUUUGCUGACGAAGAAGAGGAUUACCUUCCGGAGGAGGCCUUUGGCCAGCCAAAGAAAGAGAAAAAGAAAAAAGACGCGAAAUCUUUUCAUCAGCGUCAAAGAGAUGGCGAUCUUGCAAAUGCUUCUGAUAGCGAAGAUGAUGACUUUGAAGAUAUGUACGAGGACAUUCAACCUACUAAACGGAAAAAGUACAGAGAUGAAAAGGAAAUCGACGCACUGUACACUUUGUAUCAAGCUACCGGCACGGAAAAUGACAAUGAUGAUGAGUCAGACGACGAAGAUGAUCCCGCGAAUAUGACAGCAGGUGACUUCUUCGGUAAGCCAAAAAUGAAGUACUAUGAAAAGUACUACAAGGGAAACAAGUCGAAGCAAGGAUCAGCACCAACUAAAACGAAAGAAGGAGAUGACGAUGAUGAUUCCUGGGGUGACUACAAUUUCGAGAAAGAGGACCAAGAAGGAUGGAGAGACGAUCAUGUGGAGGACAGCGAUGAAGAAGAAAAAGCAGACGAAAAGGAAGAUGAUGACUUCGAACCACUGUCGAAAGGGUUGAAGGAUACCAAGCAAUCUGUUGACGACUCCGCGCAUGGCAGGAAAUUGGCUAAAUUGCGCAGACAGACGGAGGAGCUUGAGAAAGAAAUGCUCGCAGAAAAGCCAUGGCAAAUGACAGGAGAGACAAAGUCAACAACCCGACCCUUGAACUCUUUGCUGGAACAAACUCCAGAAUUUGAAAUGGCGAGUAAGCAAGCCCCUACGAUCACAGUGGAGCAAACUGCUAGUCUCGAAGAAGUUAUCAAGAACCGUAUCCUUGCGGAAGACUGGGACGACGUUAUUCCUCGGGAACUACCAGAUGUUGGGUGGAAUAAGAAACGUGGAGAGCUGCCUGAAGUGAGUCAAGAAAAAUCAAAACUUGGCCUUGGUGAGCUUUACGAGCGAGAAUAUUUGAAGAAGGCAGUGGGAUACGACGUGGAUGCCGAAGAAAAGAAGUCAGACGAAGAUAAGGCAAAGGAUGAGAUGAAGCAGUUGUUUGCCAACCUCUGCAGUAAGCUGGAUGCUUUGUCAAACUAUCACUUCGCGCCUCGACCAGUCUCAGACGAAGCAGACAUUCGUCCUGUUACUGCACCAGCUAUCGCCAUGGAGGAGGUCUUGCCAUUGCAUGUAAGUGACGCUAGGGGAGUAGCUCCAGAAGAGGUAUACGCCACCAAGAGAGGACGUGAAGGUAUUGUUCGUGAUGAGAGCGAAAUGGACCAGCAAGAUCGCAAGAGAUUGCGAGGGUCGAAGAAGGCCAAGAGACGUAAGGCUCGUAAGGAGAAGCUUGCGGACGAUAAGUUGAUUUCUCGAUUGGAGCCAGGACUUGGAUUGAACAAUCCUUACGAGAAACGAAAGAUGCGAGAAGAGUUGGACGUGGCCAGAUCUAGAGGCAAGAUCACAAUGGGUGAGCGAGAGAUCGAAACGAAGUUUGCUUCUAGUGGAACAUUCUUCAAGAGGCUGCAAAACGAGGCUCAGGAUGCGAUCCACGGCAAAUCAACGCAAGCCGAGAAGAAACCCAAGGUUGCAAAAGCAAAGUCUAGCGUAUAUAAGCUGUAG